AGCACACGCGACAGUGUUUGUGCAACGGCACCUGCCAAAGAACCCCUGACGCGUCGUUUGGAAACCGCGACAAACAUGAUCCCAGACACGUAGAAACACAUGUCGGAUCGCUUGGGACCUCGAGCCAUUAAGACGUCCACGCAGCCUCCGCUUCCUCUCGCCUGCGGCCCGUCCAACGUGGGAAACAGAGAGCUCGAGGCGCAAACGUGACUACUCGCCUGCAUCGAUUUGUGCCGACACCAUGUUACAAGAAUUGUCUCCUGCGGCUCAGGCACUCAAUCGUGAACUGCUCCGUCAGCCCUCCAACUUCGAUUACCGAUGGACACACGCAGCCGACUGCGAUCUACGUCGGAUACUGUUCACCUCUCUUGCUGCGGGGCGAGAGGACUAUCUCCCCUUGUUCUUCCCCAACGGCACCCCACCCGAUCGCUCAGAGCCUUGGUCGUUGAAGAAAGCACAAGGGGCGGUGGAAGGAGCAGAAUACACUGCAGCGGCCAAGGGCACUGCGUGUGGCCACAUCUUCAAGAAUGGCGAGAGCACAUACUCCUGUAAGACGUGUGCUGCAGAUGACACCUGUGUGCUAUGUGCGCGAUGUUUCGAGAGUAGCGAUCACGAGGGCCACAUGGUCAUGAUUUCGGUCUCGCCGGGGAACAGCGGCUGUUGCGACUGUGGCGAUCAUGAAGCAUGGAAGAGAGAAGUGCGAUGCUCUAUUCAUACUGCAGACGCCGAGCCAGAAAAGAAGAGCAGUGGGAAACACAAGCAGGAAGAGCCCGCUGGACAACAGGUGCCCGAGGAUCUGGUAGAGGCCAUCCGCAUGACCAUUGCUCGAUGCACUGAUUAUCUCUGCGAUGUCUUCUCCUGCAGUCCGGAACAACUCCGCCUGCCCAAGUCUCGAGAGUCCAUCAUACAGGAUGAGCAACUUUCUCGAUUGGGCGGAUUCUAUGGCGAAGAGCUACCCGAAGACAGAGACCCAGAGUAUGCGCUCGUGCUGUGGAACGAUGAGAAGCACACUGUGGAUGACGUGCAGAACCAGGUUGCCAGAGCUUGUUCAAAGUCCAAAACAUUCGGUCUGGAGAAGGCGAUCGAAGUCGACAAUAUCGGUCGAUCGAUCAUUACCUACAGUCGGGAUCUGGAUGAACUGAUCAAGAUGUCGAGCAUCAUCGAGCAGCUGAAGCUUACUGUCACCAUACGAUCCGCGCGAGACACAUUUCGCGAGCAGAUGUGUGCUUCCAUCAUUGAUUGGUUCGCAGACAUUUCUGGCUGCCUUGUGGGAGACGACUCAAAUCUGCUCCGCACCACACUUUGCGAAGAGUUCCUCAAGCCGUGGUGGAUGGGUGCCGAUGAUCAUAACAGAGAUAUUGGCGUCAACGGCCUCGAUGACCACGAAUUUGAGGACAAUCAAGUCACUCGUGAGCGGCAUCGAAACUAUGUCAAUCACUUUCGCCAGCCUGGUCUGGUCGCAGCGCUGAACGCUGGCAUCAUUAGACUUGAUGUCGAGGUGCAAGAUGCAGACGACGAUAACGAUAAUGACGACGAUGAAAAUGAUGAUGACAAUGACGACGAAGACGAGGACAUGGACGACGACGAUGAAGAUGAAGUCCGAGAUGACGAAAUUCGAGAUGCAAUGCGCCUGCUCCAAGCACGACGUAUAAACGUGGAAGCAGGGGAGAUGGACAUCGAUAUCAUGGAUGACGCCGAGGAUGGUGCCGAAGUGCUCGAAGCCACACUCGCCGGUUAUCCACCUCCGCCACCUCCACCAGACCACCGAAGACAGCGCGAUCAGGUCCUGACACCCCAGGAUAGCGACGACGGCGAGGUAGAGCAGUCCCGCCCAGCGACCAUCGAACCAUUCCCGAACGUGCCUCGCACGCCCAAAGUGAAGGCUCCAAAAAGACUGCGACCAAGCAAGCAUUGGUUGGAGAAGCCAGAGGCAUACAAGGCGCCUCGUCCCAGAGAGGCCUGCGAAGACAUCUGGCAGCGGGUAAGGUUGGAUUAUCUCAUCCUCUAUGACCUGCGGUUGUGGAAAACUCUUCGAAUCAGCUUGAGGCACUUGUACAUUACGACAGUGGUGACAAUCCCGCAUUUCAAGCGCAUCAUUGGUCUUCGAAUCGCCGGGCUGUAUACUGCUCUUGCUCAGCUCUACCUGAUUGCGGAUAGAGAGCCAGACCACUCCAUCAUCAAUCUCAGCGUGCAACUGCUCACGACACCGUCCGUCACUCAGGAGGUCGUCGAUCGAGGCAACUUUCUGACCAAUCUUAUGGCAAUCCUCUACACUUUUCUUACCACAAGACAGGUUGGAUUUCCAGAAGACGUCCACCCCAAAGCUACUUUGGCUUUUGACGCUGGAACUGUGACGAACCGCAGAGUUUUCCAUUUCUUCCUGGACCUUCGCUGGCUAUUCCGAUCAGAGCUCAUACACUGGCGAGUGCGAUCGGAGCCUCGCUACCUGUUGCAGUUCCUCGACCUCGUCAAGCUACACCAAGGCGUCUGCCCUAACAUUCGCGCGCUUGGCGAUCAUGUCGAGUACGAAUCCGAUACGUGGAUCAGUGCACAGCUCAUUGUCAAGGAUAUCAACAAGCUGUGCAAAGAGCUCGCUUUAUCUUUUGCGCCAGAUGAGAAAUUCGCCGAUCAAAACUCCAACCUGCAUCGUGCGAUCCGAGUCGUGGGACAGGUUACUAUGAUCAACGCGUUCGGUUACGAGAGGAAGCGAUUCUCUGCCGCGGAGUUGCGUGACGACCUGGCGUGGCAUGUGGUCGGCCCAUUCGACGCUAGCGAGAAGAAGUACAGUGUGCCAAAGCUCGUCGUCCAGAGUGAGCCGAUGAGCUUCCAUCACCCACUGCACUAUCUUCUUUCCUGGCUAUUGGAGAACGCGAGGGGCAUGACGCGAGAAGAUAUUCGAACGCUGCUUCAUUUUGCCCCUGAUGACCUCAAAGACCCAUUCAAUCACAGCAGGACAGCACCUGCUCCAAGCAAUCUCACGCCCGACGAAUUGCUUAGCGGCAUCUUUGACCAUCCUUUGCGUGUUUGUGUGUGGCUAGCACAGAUGAAGGCUGGCAUGUGGGUUCGCAAUGGCAUCACACUUCGCCACCAAGCGCAUACCUAUCGCAGCGUCUCUACUCGAGAUGUCGGAUACCAACGAGACAUCUUCAUGAUUCAGUCCGGCCUUGUACUCUGUGGUGGCGAAAACGAACUGCCAGGAGAACGCUACCUUGCACAAAUGAUCGACCGCUUCCAAAUGGGAGAAUGGGUCACCGGCAAGUAUCAUGUUGUGACUGGGUUCGAGGAAGCGCAGCAGCUGGACUGCAUUGAGGACUUCUUCCACCUGCUUGUUAUUGCCCUGUCUGAGCGUGGCAACCUGCAUCCUCGAUUGACAGAAGCUGAACAGCAUGACCGAGUACUGCAACACGACAUCGCUCAUGCUUUGAUCUUCAAGCCGCUAUCCUUCUCCGAGCUUGCUAGCCGCGUGACGGAGAAGGUCGGCGAAUCUGACGACUUCAAUCGGGUAUUGGAAAGCAUGACCAACUUCCGUCAGCCGGAGGGCUUGUCAGACGUGGGAACAUUUCAGCUCAAGCCUGAGUAUGUGGAACUGGUUGAUCCGUAUUAUGCUCAUUACACGCGAAACCACCGGGAAGAGGCGGAGCAAGUCAUGAAGAAGCACAUUGCAAAGGCCACAGGGAAGAAGCUUGAAGACGUCGUGUAUGAGCCUCGCUUGGCCGUCAUUGAGGAAGGCCUUUUCAAAGAUUUGGCGGCAUUCACACGGACGCCUCUUUUCGUACAGAUCCUAGGAGCUGCACUGAAUUUUGCUGUCAAUCUCGAGCACGUGGCACCCAAGGUCCAGGUCACGAGAGUGGAGACGUUUUUGCACAUGGUGCUGCAUCUCCUACUAGCGGCCGUGCUAGAGGACAAGACGCAUGUGGGUGAAGAAGGUGGCUUCAUCAGCUUGGCAGUUGACACACCUUUCCACAAAGAAGAAGAUCCUUCGGGCAAUGGUCUUGACACUCGACCUGGUGUGGUCUCGUUUCUGACCCAAUUGGCCAAUAUGGACGAAUAUGCUUCUUCUCAUCCAGCUACCAAAAAUGUGCUUCGGCAGAUGCAACUCAAGCGCCCAGACAAGAUUGCCCAUACGGCUAGUAGUCAGCUUGCGCAGCUUCUUGAUCGCUCUGGUACAGGCUCUCCUGCCUCAUUAUCUGCUGAAGACAAAGAAAGAAAGAAACAAGAAGCUAAGGCCCGCCAAGCCAAAAUUAUGGCACAGAUGAAGGCGCAGCAGAACAGUUUCUUGCAGAAUCAGGGUCUUGCUAUGGAUGACGAUGAGUUCGAUGAUCUCGGUGACGAUAUGUCCACAACAGACGACGGCCCUCAGAUGCGCAAAACUUGGAAUUUUCCCACUGGCACUUGUAUCCUUUGCCAGGAAGAAACUGAUGACUCUCGACUGUUCGGUACAUUCGCCUUCUUGGGCGAGAGCACCGUUCUUCGACAUACUCCCGUCGAGGACGACGAGUACAUACAGGAAGUGCUUGACACACCAGAAAGCCUAGAUCAGUCUGCUGAGCAUCUUCGCCCGUUCGGCGUUGCUGGCAAUAACAAGCAGACCGAUAUUAAGUAUGGCCCGGAUGGCAAAGCAUACACCGCUGAGCGAUUGGGAGUGAGCAAAGGAUUUCCUCAUCAACCAGACCGAAUCAAGGGACCUGUCAGCACGAGUUGUGGCCACAUCAUGCACUGGCACUGCUUUGAGCUGUAUCAAGCUGCCACGAACAGACGUCACGCCUCACAAAUCGCGCGAAGCCAUCCCGAGCGCAUCGAAUGUCGAGAGUUCAUUUGCCCGCUGUGCAAAGCGUUAGGAAAUACAUUUCUGCCUAUCAUUUGGAAGGUCAAGGAAUGCAUUGCAGAGCACGAAGUGCACGCAAAGCCAGAGUUUGCCGACUGGCUGGUGGACAUACCGAACAAGUAUCAGGCCAAUCUCGCUUUCUUGGACAACAUCUCUGCCCCUCAUGCCUAUCAUCAGAGAUACCAACAAGUGUCAGAGGUGUAUUCGGAUCGCAGCUUUCAAUACGUUAACACCAUGCUCGCGCCGAAUCUGAUGCAGACAAUGCAAGAGCUCACAUUGAACUCACCCGUCACGAGCCCCACUGGCAUCAACCGACAUCCCCUACGCGCAGCUGCAACUCUGCUCGCCAGACCUUUGACGCUGGGUAUGGGUGCUGGAGGGCGAGACGUGGCUACCGCGCCCGGCACACAAUUCCAUUCGGGGCCGGCAGAUGUCACAAGCCCCGGCACUGAAGCCAAUCGGUUGACAGACGUCUUCCAGGCUUACAAGAGAAUCGACGAUAUGAUCAAGAUCAAUCAAUUGGCUGGAGCAGACGCACCCGAGGGGAGUUUUGUGUCUACAGUAAACCCCAUUGCCGCAUUGUCUAGGGCUUUAGGCAUGACUGUCAGCGCAUGGGAGAUCGCCCAUCGUGGGGUUGAGCAUUCCGAUCCGUUCGCCACGAGCCUCGUCAAGGAUGUCUCGGAGCAGACUUUGUCGCAUUUGAGAAUACUCAGCGAGACUAUCGAGAGCUUCCUUGCGCUUAAUGUGCUCAAGUCCAGCUCCAACAUCGUGGCGAGAGAAACUUUCAAGAAACGCGAUAUCAUGACUGCUCAGCUUUUUGGCACUGAAUCUAAGGAUACGAUGGUGAAGCUGCAUAGCGUUGCUGGGAAGCUUCUGUUCCAAGACGAUAUCUUCCUGUUCUUCUCUGACUGGUUGAGCUUCAUGGGUCCGAACAUAGCGGAGGCGUCGAACAUUCUGCAACUCUGCUUCUGGGCUGAAAUUGUCAAGACAGUACAUGUUUACGCGCCGCUGCUGUCGGCUGGGCGAUCGAUACACGCUCCGGACAUGACGGCGUUGAACGCCGAAACGCUGCAAUUAUGGAAGCUGGUUAUUGCCAUGAUGUUCUCCAACGAAGAGCAAAGCCACGGUCCUGAGGUUGUCGAUGAUUCGACAGCAAAGCUCCUACGUACCCUUGUGGACAAGUACGCGCUUGCCUUCCUCAGAAAGAGCGCCGUGCUCAUGAUGGUGCGGUAUGGCCUCGAAUUCGACUGCCCUUACAAUCUCGAUCCGGAGCAGCCCGAAAUGGAGCGUCUUACGAGACAUUUGCACAUGCCUUCACUUAACGAGCUUUGCCAGACCUUCGUAGCCGAAUCACCAGCAGGCCAAUGCUUCCGCACUCUGACCCAUCGCUGGCUCGAACAAGCUCGACAAAUCCCUUCCCACUCUGCCAACCCCGAUUUCAACGACAUUCGCUACACCAACGACUCCCUCUCCUCACUGGGGACAAAUUACCGCAUCUCAUCACACCACCCCAACGCACAACCAAUCACCCUCGCACACCCUUCCAUCCUCGAAUUAGUUGGCCUUCCCAAGACCUACGACACUCUAACGGAAGAAGCCACGAAACGCAAAUGUCCCACUACAGGCAAGGAACUCGUCGAUCCGACGCUAUGUCUCCACUGCGGCGAGAUCUUUUGUUCUCAGGCCGUCUGUUGCAAAAAGGACAAGACAUUUGGCGGCUGCUUUCAGCAUAUGAUGAAACACGGUUUGCGAACCGGGCAAUUCAUCAAUAUUCGCAAAUGUAUGGUUUUAUUCCUGCAUAUUCGUGGCACAGGGAACAAGACCAAUGGCAAUGCGGGCAAUGGCGAAGGUUCUACUGCAUUCGCUGGAUCUUCGUUGGGGUCUUUUUCUUCACUUGAUGGGAGGGUUUGCUCAGGAUGUUACUUGCAGGCGCCUUAUCUGGACCGUUGGGGCGAGACGGAUCCUACGUUGAGGAGACACCAACAGUUGUUUUUGAAUGCGAGGAGGUAUGAGAAGUUGGUGAGGGAGGUUUGGCUGGGCGGGAUGACGCAAACGGUUGUUAGCAGGAAGUUGGAGGGGGAUGUGAAUCCUGGAGGAUGGGAGACGUUGUAGAAGGUCAAGCGACAGGGGUGAUGAUGUCGAUUAUCAGAGAUGUCUCGUUUUUAUGGGCUUGAGCAGGCGAGGAAAGGCACGAUGAGUAGAUGUUAGAUUCAAGACACACGCGAGAGGCAACAUGAUAGAUGGAAAUGGUUAGAGCA